AGAGUCUCAUUUUUUUAUACUUCGGCAAUUUUUAAAAAUUUUUGUUAAUUUAACUUAAUAGAAGAUACAUAUGUAGCCUCUGGAAAAUACUAGGGUACUUCUGUAAGACAAUGAAAGGGAAAAGGGAAAAUAUGUCUUAACAUUAUUAGGAAAAUUGUUUUGAUCUCAAAGACUCCCUGAAAGUUUCUCAAGGACCCUGGGCUGCCUGGACCAGACUUUGCAAAACCCAGGUGUAGAAGACCAGCUGUGGUUUUGGACUGGGGUGGCCUGGUUUUAAAUCCCUGCUCUGUCACUUUCUUUUUCUGGUACCAUGGGGCCUUGCUUUUCUUAUCUGUAAAAGGGGGUUAAUAUCAUCCACCUCAAAGGUGGAAGAUAAGUAGUAGAGUACACAACACGAAGCAGAUGUGAUAUCUGGCUUGUCUGCUUUCCUCUUGAUUGGGGCCUCCAUUUCCGCCUUUGUUAAACAAAGGGCUAGACUGCAAACGUCCAGGCUUCUUCCCAGUUCUAAUGGGCUGUGGCUGUGUAGUGAGGAAUGCCCGGAAUUCCACACAUUCCCCCUCCAACUCCAGUGACAGUCCCCCUUUCAGCUCACACAGACACAAAGGCACAUUCUGUUUACUGGCUCGAGGAGAUACGUGAUCACAGACACACAUGUCACUUACGACAUGCCCAUGAAUUGUGCUUAGAAGCUGCUCAGGGCCCAGGCAUACGCACAGAUAUAUAGAGGCUCAUGGAUUCAUAGCACUGCCUCCGCCAGGGAAUGUGUGCACGUGCCCGCGCAGAGACAGGUGUGCACAUGUGUAGUCGCACUGUCAUAGGAUGCACGUGGAGACUUCGCACACACGCACCGGCUCUGGGUGCCAGACACGCGAGCAGAUGGCCCCAGAGGCCGCCCGUAGGGUAUGCGGAGGCCAGGGCCGCAGGCUCUCCUUUCAGUGGCUACUCCCCGCCCGGGACUCCCGCUCCGCCCUGCGCGCCCCCGCCGCCCGCCGCCGCCGCCGCCGCAGUCCGCGUCCUCCCCAGCCGGACAGCCCUGGGCUCGCCCUGGGCUCCGCGCAUCUCUCCCAGCCAGCGGUUCGCAGGAGCGAGCAGGGGAGGGGACGGCGGCCCAGGGCCCGAGGAGUCUCUCUCGGCUGCGGGCAGCCGGGGCCCUAGCUGCAGCAGCAGCCGCGGGUGGCCGGGAGGUGCCAGUCCCCGCGCGCGCGGUGGCCCAGAGCCGGUGGCUGGAGCUUACAGGCAGCAUGGCGGGGCCGCGGGCCAGGCGGGGCUCGGGGCUUGGGCUCCUGGCGCUGUCCACGCUCGGCCUCUGCCUGAUGCUGCAAGUCGGCGCCAAGAGGCCCCCCAAGACACCCCCCUGUCCACCCAGCUGCUCCUGCACCAGGGACACCGCCUUCUGCGUGGACUCUAAGGCAGUGCCCAGGAACCUGCCCUCGGAGGUCAUCUCUCUGACGCUGGUGAAUGCUGCCUUCUCGGAGAUCCAGGACGGAGCAUUUUCCCACCUGCCACUGCUGCAGUUCCUGUUACUCAACUCCAACAAGUUUACAUUGAUUGGGGACAAUGCCUUCACGGGACUGUCGCACCUGCAGUACCUCUUCAUUGAGAACAAUGACAUCUGGGCACUCUCCAAGUUUACUUUCAGAGGACUCAAGUCUUUAACCCACCUCUCACUGGCCAACAAUAACCUGCAGACGCUGCCUCGAGACAUCUUUCGGCCCCUGGACAUCCUGAGUGACCUGGACCUGCGGGGCAACUCACUCAACUGCGACUGCAAGGUGAAAUGGCUGGUGGAGUGGCUGGCACAUACCAACACCACGGUGGCGCCCAUCUACUGCGCCAGCCCGCCUCGCUUCCAAGAACACAAGGUGCAGGAUCUGCCGCUGCGGGAGUUCGACUGCAUUACCACGGAUUUCGUGCUGUACCAGACCCUGUCCUUCCCAGCAGUGUCUGCCGAGCCCUUCCUUUACUCCAGUGACCUCUACUUGGCUCUGGCCCAGCCGGGAGCCAGCGCUUGCACCAUCCUCAAGUGGGACUAUGUUGAAAGGCAGCUUCGAGACUAUGAUAGAAUCCCAGCCCCCUCUGCGGUGCACUGCAAGCCGAUGGUGGUGGACAGCCAGCUGUACGUGGUGGUGGCACAGUUGUUUGGAGGCUCUUACAUUUACCACUGGGAUCCCAACACCACACGCUUCACCAAGCUGCAGGACAUUGACCCACAGCGCGUGCGCAAGCCCAAUGACCUUGAAGCCUUCCGCAUCGAUGGUGACUGGUACUUUGCAGUGGCCGACAGUUCCAAGGCAGGUGCCACCAGCCUCUACCGCUGGCACCAGAACGGCUUCUACUCCCAUCAGGCCCUGCACGCCUGGCACCGUGACACGGACCUGGAAUUUGUAGAUGGUGAGGGCAAGCCACGCCUGAUUGUUUCCAGCAGCUCCCAGGCACCGGUCAUCUACCAGUGGAGUCGCACCCAGAAGCAGUUCGUGGCCCAGGGCGAGGUGACCCAGGUGCCCGACGCCCAGGCGGUGAAACACUUCCGAGCUGGCCGCGACAGCUACCUGUGCCUCAGCCGCUACAUCGGUGACUCCAAGAUCCUGCGCUGGGAGGGCACGCGCUUCUCCGAGGUGCAGGCCCUGCCCUCCCGGGGCUCACUGGCCCUGCAGCCCUUCCUCGUGGGUGGCCGCCGCUACCUGGCGCUGGGUAGUGACUUCUCAUUCACGCAGAUCUAUCAGUGGGAUGAGGGGCGGCAGAAAUUUGUGCGGUUCCAGGAGCUGGCAGUGCAGGCCCCCCGGGCCUUCUGCUACAUGCCUGCCGGGGACGCCCAGCUCCUCCUGGCCCCCAGCUUCAAGGGACAGACGCUUGUGUACCGACACGUGGUGGUGGAUCUCAGUGCCUAGAGCAGGGGCCAAGGCCUCUGGGUUCCUCAGGCGGCCACUGGAGACUGGCAGGAGCCUCCAGGGGAGCAGCAUGUGUGCCUGUGUGAAGACACACUCAGCCAGCCCGCACAUGCGCCCUUAUGUGCAUACACCCCUGGGAAGCACGGGCUGCGCCGUGGAUGCUAGCCCAGGGAAGCCACUUGUAAUCAGCAUGACGACUUGUAUACACACCAGGGAACCCAGGGCCCGGUGCCCGCCCUCCCGUAUGUGGAUGCCUAUUCACCCCACACCUUGUCUGCAGCCUCCUUCCCUCUGCCGCCUUCCACGGGCUCUGGCCCAGGGAGGGGCGCUGGGAGGGACGGGAGGCUAAACCGCUCCCUCCUGUUCUUCGGCUUGUCCUUCCGACCCCUAGUCUUUCCUGUUGGUGCUCCAGGUGUCUGUUUACCUGCUUGUGCUCCGCCUUGCAGCCCACAGCCACGUCCCUCAUACUGCCGGGUGCACUCGCCCACACUCCAAGCCUUCUGCACGCACACGUGGACAACGACAGACUCCCUUGGUUGCAUUAACACACACCUGUCUACACUCCCAUCUCUGUGUGCACAUGUGCGGAUUCAGCGCUGCCUGAAGGGGCUCUCCUCCAUGACCUUGCCCCUCUUCUUGGAGGGGAACAGAGUAUCCGUCCUCCUCUGCUCACUCCUGGGGUGCCCACCCAGCAACUGAUAAUGAUGGGACUGGUGGUGCCAGCCCCUGGGCACCAGCUUGAGCUCCUGGGGGCAAAGCCCCUCUGCCGAAGCAAUAAUGGCAACAAGCAGACCCUGACUUCUUCCCAGCUCUGUCUCUGUGCCCACUGGAGUUUCCGGCUCCCUGGUGGACAGACCACUCAGCUGAAAGCCUGUCUGCUUUUCUUUCCUUUAGCUGCCCCGUCCUUGGCCCACCCCUCCCCCAUCCUCUGGUUCAGCCCCACAUUUGGGAUGUAGACCCUGCGUGGUGUUGCCUCCUUUGGAUGCGUUCGAGGGCUGGGCAGAUCGAGGAUGCUGCAAGCCCCAGAGGCAUCUGGGCAGGUGCCAGGAAUGGACCUGGGUUGAAGUGUAUCUUGGCAGCCCUGGCACCCCUCCAAACCAUAGAGGUGCACCCCUAGGUGCACUGCCUAUCAGUGGGAGCUGAGUGCUGGAGGGGUGAGGGUGUGAGGGUCCUGCGGGAGUGGCACCUGACAGCCAAGCUUCUGCUGCCCUCUGCUGUACACUGGGAACAGCUGGCUCUGGGAUGCAAGGCUGGCGGGAAGGGCAUGGGGCAGGGGGGCCAGACUGUGUGAGGGCCUCCCGGUGGCAGAAUGCCCAGGGGCCCUUGGGGGCAUACCCUGAUUCACUUGCUUCAAAUAAAAAGUUCCCACCCCGCUGACGGCUCUCAGGUGUCCAAUGGCGAUGGUCAGCAGCACCCGUUUCAUUAGGAACAGAGCUGUGUUGUCUGACCCUGCUGCUGGCAGGGAGCCAGCGACCCCCUUCCUCCCUGCUCCCUUCCCUCUGAGGAGUAAGUAGGCACCCCAAGGUCAGCUGGUGCUGGGGUCAGAAGUUCAUGGUGAUGACACUCUGAUGCUGGGCAAGUGUGACGAGUCUCUACCACCUGGGGCUGACUCACAGUCAUGUUCCUUCCUGGAGAUCACAGACUUGGGGCCCACUGACACUGGAGUCUGUCCCUCGGUCACAUCAAAUUCAACCAACAUGGCCAAGGACAAGCCUGCCGUCCUCCUCUCCACCUCCCUCUGCUGGGCAAAUGUGCAUCAUUCUGCCACUCUCCGCCCUUGGUGUGAUGUCAAGCAAGUGGACCGAUUUCCCUGAGCUGAGCUUCUCCAUCAGUAAAGUCGAUAAUAAAACUUAAUUUGUCCAA